AUGGCUGAAGGGUUGAACAACAGCCUCAACAACAAGAACAUCGCAAGUAAAGUCAACAGCAAUAAGGACGAGGCCUCUACAACAGAGCUGAAGAAGCAGCAUACAAACAAGUCGUUCCGCUCAUCGAGAUCUAUCAAAAGCAACUCCAACAACCAAAUACCGACAAACCAACAACAACAACAAACUGCAUCAAGUUCCAAAAAGACUGUUUUGAAGUCGAUCAGAAACUUAUUCGUCAAGGCAUCAAUAAACCUGUCUAUUGCAGCUGCUAAACUAAAGAGUUUUGCUGAAGACGCUUUAUCAUCUGACGAGAUUGUUAACGAGUUAUUCCUUGUUACAUCCUCAUCAUCAGUAGAUUCAUCAUUGCUAGAACAACAAGAGGCAGCAGCUACUGUUGCUAAUAACCAAACUGCCACUGGAGAAGGUGCCAGAACUGGAGAACAAGCAGAAACUGAUAGCAGAGCUGGCACUUCAGAUAUGACUGUUAAUUCAUCUAAUGAAGUUGGCGCUAACGGAGAAGAUGGGUUGAAUGGAGUCUUUUCAUUACCAAGAUUCCAAGAUUUCGAUGCUGUGCAAGAAGCUCAAAAAUUACAAAAAGAGAAUGAAGUGUUUUGUGAAGGUCAUCAAGUUUGGCAAAAGAGAAGAGAUGUUUGGUUGAAUUCUACAAGUGAAGAAAGAAAUAAAGCUAAACAGAAGUCAUUGGAAAAUUCUCUAAUAGGUGUGUCAAAAGAUAAUUACCCAAUAAUAUAUAACAGUUUGAUUGAGAAACAAAAAACACUAAAGAAACCAAUGAAUUUGAAAGAUGCAUUAAAGAUUAUAAAUGCUGGUUGGAUAGCUAGUAAGAAAUGGGAAAGAGCAGCUCAAGGGCUGCCUUAG